UUUGUAGCCCUGAAAUGUUUUAAUCUUUGCAACUUUAUUUUCAAAGGUGCUGUAUAAAUAAAGUUUAUUAUUAUUAUUAUCAACAGCAUCAUUGACAUAACAGCAAUACAAGAGAACAAUAAUUUACUAAUGAUGUUUGAAAGCUAAACGAUACUGACAUGGAUUAUAGAUUUCACUUUUAUUUAUUUAUUCUUAUUUUUUCUUCUGUGUGAUGAUUUAAGGCCCCCUGUUGGCAUGGACAUUGACUCAUAAGUGGGUGUUUAUUUUACUCACACCUCGGGUUAUGAAUAAAUGAAGGGAGAGUGGAUGAAAGUGUCAGGUGUGCAGUCCAGUAAUUUUAUAGGCACUGUCAGAUGAUGGAACAUUUUAAAAGAUGGAUAACAUUUGAUUGUGAAAUUAUUGACACAAUCUCACACACUUCUACACUACAGUAGCACUGCCUGUAUUAGACUCUACGUUUACCUUUGUGUUCCAGGUACUAGUAGAAAAUGUUUUUUAAAUAUUUUACUCCAGUAAAAGAAGCAGUGGCACAGUGGGAAAGUAUUCAGUUACAAGUAAGAGUACUGCAUGUCCUGCACUCAGAUUUUCAAUGACUGCUGAAAUAGUGGCAUGCACAGUAUGUGACCCAGGGGAACAACCUGUUGUUACAGUCUGACUGUUCCUGCUGCUCAAGGACAAAUCUUCAGCUGUUCCACAACUGUCAGCUACAAACAAAGAGCAAUAUGAAUCAUCAGCACAUUACCCUGCCAUUAUCCAGCUCCUAUUUCUCCUCUGGCUGCAUGUCAUCAUAAUGUACUUGAACUGUGUCACACGUCCGCCUGCUAUGUAUAGAGUCUGUUCUCAGAGCCUUGAAAACAAAUGGGGAGAAGCCUGUCAGCUAGCAUCUGCUCUAGAUAGGAGGCAUUCAGUCUCACUGGCAGUAUGUGGUAAAACACCACAGAUGUGCAGUAUUUUGGUCUGAAUCAAACAACUUGUUGUGAACGUGCAGUUCAGCUGGGAUGUCAUGAAGGGAGGUGAUGGAGUCCAGCAGCUGUCCACACUUCAGCCAGCAGCCAGGAUACUAUAAACCACCGGACAGCCUGAGGGUUGACAUUAACCACAGCUUUUUCCUUGUGGAUAAAACCCUUCUGGCUGAGAACUGUGAGUACUUCAGAGCAUUGUUCCAGUCAGGAAUGAAAGAGUGCCAACAGGAAGAGAUCCACCUGCGAUGUGUGGGGGUUCUGGGGUUUGUGGUCAUGCUGCGGGUCCUGGACGGGGAGCGACCCGUGCUGGACAGCGACCAGAUUGUGGAAGCCAUCGAGUGUACGGCUUUUUUGCAGGUGCCGGCUCUCACCAAGCAUUUGAUCAAUAUCAUAAAUUCUGAAAACUGUCUACUCAUGUACCACACAGCUGCCACCUACGGUGUCUGGGAGCUCUCCCAUAGUUCUGCCUUAUUCAUCAGAGAUAUGUACUCUGACCUGAAGGAAGAUGUUCACACCUUACCCAACAAGCUGGUAGAGUACAUCGAGUCUCUUCUCCCGAGUAGCUACAUGGCAGUGUGCAGCCACUCGCCCUCCACUGAGCUGCUGCAGGAUCUCCAGAGGACCGUCUGCUAUCUGGAUGAAGACAACGGAGAGUGGAAGGUCCUGACACAUCUACCUGUGAGCACGAGCACCACCAUGGCAGGCGUGGCCGUCCUGGACAACAAACUUUACAUCAUCGGAGGAGUGCAUGAUGUAAGCAAGAGGGUAGUAGAGACUGGUUUCUGUUACAACCCUGCAUGUAACACAUGGUCCACCAUCUGUGGCCCCCAGCAGUUACGCUAUAACUUCACUCUGAUAGGUCAUGAGGGCUGCCUCUACGCUGUAGGAGGGGAAUACAACAUGAAGGCCCUGUCAUCUGUGGAGAGAUACAAGGUGUCAAAUGGAAGCUGGAGUUAUGUCUCCCCCCUUCCCUGCCCUGCAGCCUCAGUGGUGUCUGCUGUAGCCACGAACAGGAUCUUCAUCUGUCUCUGGAAAGGUAAGGGGGCCACAGAUAUACACGAGUAUGUACCUGAGCAGGACCGAUGGCUUCUGGUCACCACACUCGUCCGCCAACACAGUUAUGGUCUUUAUAUGGUGGCCCAUAAGAAUAAUCUGUAUGUGAUGCGCAAUGGACCCUGUGAUGACUUCUUACUGUGUGUGAUGGACUGCUACAACCUGAGCUCAGGCCAGUGGACAGCCAUGUCGGGCCAGUACAGGAACAGUAAAGGCUCUCUGUUCACUGCUGUGGUUAGAGGAGACUCUGUGUUCACACUGAGCCGACAGGUGACCACAGAGUACACUGUAGAGGAUUACACAUGGAGACUGAAGCGUGAGAUGAAAGGUUUUGGCAGGAUUGGAUCCAUAUAUACAUUUCUGAUGAGGCUGCCUAAAGCCACUGUCUCAUUCAUGGGAAACUCUCCGGAUCGGACUCAGGACCAAAACUUCAGAGACCUUGGUGAUUGUCCCAGAUUCUCCCCACAAUGCUCUGAUAACCUGUAAGAGCUGCUGACAAAUCACCUUAUGUGCUGCUGAGAGAGCUGUUCCUUUAAAAGAUCAUUCUGGUUUAUCACCACAUGCAUCUUAUAUUCAUUAUUUUGGACAUGGUUCAUAAGAAGUUCAAAGAGGCAAGAAACAUCUGACAGGUUUGACACAAACUCCCAGGUCAGACAAAUGUCUUUGGAAGAGGGAAACAAGGUGAAGAAUAAAAUAGUAACCCAAACUGUCUGUUAUAAACAACCAUCACA